UCCUUCGGAAUAACGAUUCGAUGUAUUAUUCUGUGAUUUGAUCAGUGCGCGGUGUGUAUGGAAUAUGAAUUCGACGUUGUUUCUUUGAGCGGAAAUUAAACAUCGUGAGUUGAAAUUGGUGCAGGUAUAUUGUUACGCCUGUAUAUACUUAGUUGAAAUUAUUCGUGUUACCCGAUCUAUCCACAGUGUAAACGGAUCGAUAAACUUGCGAUACGUAAUAUCGAGUAAAAUAAUCGGGUGACGUUGGUAAAGAGGAAAAGUAUACUUGUACAUAUAAUAAUAGACGAAAGAUCGACCAACUCUGGACCGAGUUGAGAAAGUGUUUACUUGCUCAGCGGGAUAGUACAACGUGUACGUACGUACAAAGGUGUAUAGACAGACACAUACGUACAUAUCAAGCUGAAGCAAAAUGCUGCCACGAGAAUUGAUAACUUUCGCAACGAUAACGACCCUCAGCGUCGCGACGGCGGGCGCCUCCGUCAAUUUGGAGUAUGACGACAACGGAAUGCUGGCGGAGGAGGAGAGGAGAAUAACAAACAACAACAACAACAGCAACGACAACUACAACAACAAUGAUAACAAAGGAUCAGUCGGACGCGAGGUCCGAUGCUUCUGCAACCAGGCGGCCUGCGUAACUCAGGGAUACUUGUGCCGAGGCACCGGUUGUUUCACCGAACUACCCUCGAGCCUGAACAAUCCGUCUUCGCUGAGGCCGGAACGAAGUCCGUGGCACGGGUGCCUCGGCGAUGGUUUCAAGGACAGACAGUGUCCCGCGGGACUUUUGUGCUGCGAACAGGACUUGUGCAAUCACGUCGAUGAUCCCGCGGUUCAAACGAAACUCAACAGAACUCUUCACGUUUUGUCCGGGACCCAGCGAGCGUACAAUUUCGGACCUAUCCAGAGCAGCAAUCAUGGAAAUCAGGCGACCGAGGGCUGGUUCAGAACGGCGACGAUAGCCGUCCCGAUAUGCGGCCUAGUCGCUUUACUUGUCCUCGCCGGUUUGGCCGUUCGACUUUUGAAGCCCAUGCCGACGCAGGGUGACAAGCUCGGCCCGCACUGCAGAGCUCCAGAUAACGCGCCGCCCCUUUUGGGACCGCCGAAAGUGCCUCUCGUCUAACGAUUAACCGAUCCGCUGGAGAGGGAAGAGAAGAUACGUGGAUUAUAUGCGUGGAAUAUUUUCGAAAAAUGAAACGAGAAUUACCACGAGUUGAAAAUUUCCUGCAUCCUCCUCGCAUCGGGUGUCCAUCGAUGUUGGUGAAACGGAAGAAAACAAGUAAAAAGGAAAAGGAAAAUAUCCGUAUGUGUAGAUGAAUUUUGGAAUUAUUCAAAGGUAUUCAAAAAAAUCUUUGCACGAAACAAUGACAAAAUUUUUCUUAUACUCUAAUACGCGUUCAAUUGGUACAAGGAACACGGCCAUUAUUUCUCGUACAUGUUCUAUUCACCGCAUUAUCCGAGACGGAGUGCGAAGAAAUAACAACAACAAAGUGUCACGCGCUGUUUGCAAAUAUAUACGUACAUAUAUAUACGUAUAGGUAUGCAAGACAUACGUGUAUAAAUGCACAGGUAUUUGGACGGCCGCAGUUGUAAAUUGUGAUUUAAAGACUUCUUUCAAAGGGUUGGCCUUAUAUGAUAUACUAUAAUUGUAUAGAACCUUAAGAAAGCUAGCGGGCCCUACGAGGCUUCUCUUGGCUGUGAAUUUUAUGAAGAAACAAAAAAGAAAGAGAAAAAACUGAAAUUAAGAAGAGAAAAAAAAAAAAAGAAAAUAAUUCAGACAAUAUUCAUAUCUUAUGAUUUUUGCCUUUUUCUACUCAAAGACGGGGAUUAUUUUCUACUGAUUGUGAGCACCUGUUCGUCAUGUUCAUUUCGGAGAAAUUUAAACCGUCCGUAAUAAUGUGUUGGGUUUUUUUUUUUUUUUUUUUUUUUGCCGAGAGACGUUUUUUACUUCCUCGGUAAAGGAAAUACAACGAGUUGAACAGGUAAUCGUGUUGUAUUCGGAUUCCUAUAUUAACAACGAGUAUAUACAUAUAUGUAUAUAUAUGUAGUAUCCCCGUCCGUAAUUGUUUACGCACUUGUAUAAUGUAAAUAUAUAAAUAUAUAUAGUAAUACACGAUAUAGAAAACCAAGAUUUUGUAACAUAGUAUAUAGUAAACUUAAUGCUGUGCAAACUGUAAAAUUGGAUUAUAAUAUGAAAUAUAUUCAUCGACAUAUAGUAUAUAUUUUUAAUAAAAUUAGCAAUAGGAUAUAACUUGUAGAUCGUUUAUACAUUGAUGCUCUACUAAUUAUUCAACAAUUGACUUAGAGCUGUUCCUUUUAGCCGUUCAAAAAGUCGAAGAUGUGCACCAAAGGUAGCUCAUUUAUUAGAUCCCUUUACUGAUGCAAUUGUUUCACCUGGAUUCUAAAUUUAGAGAAUCUCUCCUGUGAAUUUGAAAAUUUUUCAACAAUUUCGAAGUCCUCGUAAACGCGAUUGCGAGGUAACUGGCAACUGUGCUACACAAUGUUAAAUAGAAGCGAUGUACAACAGACAAGUUGUCAGCCAGAAAAGCAAAAUUUGAAAAUGAUUGAAAUCAUUUGUAACAUCACGUUAAUAUGUGUUACGUAAGAGGCAUUCACAUGACCGAUUUGUACACAUCCUUCCAAUCCGAUUAUAAUACAAUGUAGAAAUCAUUUUCUGAGAUACGA